CACAACCGGGAAAUCCAAGGCGUGGUCCAGCCGAAGUUGUACACAAUAUAAAACAUACUUGCAUGCCAUGCCAACCGCCAGCCAAGCCAUGAUCUUAAGGACGACAGAGGGAUCAGAUCACUUCCUUGCACGACGUCUUUAUUCUUCGAUGUCUCAUGUGAAAUCGGGAAAAUCUGAAGGCAUGAAUAAAUCGCCACCGCAAACAGCUGGAAGCAUACCGACAUUCCAAAAGAACCAGCCGGGCCCGCGGACAUGUCCAGGGACCACACCACAACAAAUAGACCUACAAGGUUUAAAAGGCAAUAUGUUCUUUGAUCAGGACACCAAGCGUUUUCGUUGGCAUGUCAUAUCACAGAACAGCAAUAUUUCAGAAGAUAUGCUUACAGCAACGGCAAUCGACUAUGAUUCGCCAGAAGAAAAACCUCCCCCUCCGAAGAUCAGUAGCAAGCCAACGAAGCUCCUUUCGCGGCGUGGUGAAAUGGCGGGUAGGAGCACAGCAGCAGACGACAGGAGCAUACCUAUUCAAUACGGAAUGGACGAGAAGUCCUACGGGAGACUUGAGGAGCUCGGUUUCCGGAGGAGGUUUAUCGCAGCCCCUACCAAAGUUGCAUCUGCCCCCAGGGCCUCAAUAAUCCCCAAUUACGAACCCACAGAAAAAGCCAGCAAUCCCAGCAUGCACCACACAGUACGACUCCACAUACCUCACGGCAGCACACCAAACUUUGAGGUUCCACACUUCGAUGGUGAUGAAUAUGCUGACGAACACGUGGUCAAUGAGAAAACCUUAUCGCUGAUUGACGAUAUCAAACAAAAAGUCGGAUAUGAUAAGCGCAUUUUCCCAACCAUGUACAUGCGGAAGUCCUACCCGAGGGAACAACCACUGUCUUUGUGUUUCAGUCUCCGCGACGAUAGGUUAUCACACGCUACAAUUAAAAGAUGGAUUGAGAGAGAAACUGGUCUAAAAGUAGCAGCCAUCCAGUAUGACCCCGUGUCUAUCAGGGCGGGGGAGCACCUCAAUAUCGGAAGUCGGUGGGUCGUUACCAUGACAACACUAGAAGACUGUCGGAAGUUGUUGCAGCAAGGACUUGAGGUGGAUGGCGAGAAAGUGAUGGUCCGGUGGUUGGAUGAUAUUUGUGUGUGCGAAUUUGACGCUUACAAAAUAUAUUGCCAGGAUCAAAAACAAACAAAAAUAAGAAACAAGAAGAGAAAACCUAAAUCUGAAGCAACUUUAAUAAAACAAUGCUGAAUUUUUACACGUGCU